GGAAUUUUGAAUAAAAUGAGCAAAUUGGUAGAGGAAGAAUUUGUGCCACCACCAAUAGAGCCAAGGGGUCAGAAUCAGGUGGCUGACAGUCGAGGAACUAUUGAGAGAAACAAGAAAAGAUUUAUGGAAGAAAUCACCAAAAUCAGACUCGACACUGAUGAAGCUGAAAAUGACAGAAGAAUUAAAGAAAAUAAAGAGAAAGAUCAAAGAUAUGAUGAUAUCCAAACUGAAGUUCACAAUAGUUACCAAAAGAACAUCCAAAUUGAUUUUACCUGGGAAGAACUUGAAGAGAAAGAAGACUGUGAAGAGCUUGCCCAAGAGAUCGAAAUGCAAAAAGCCAAGUGUCAGUCUAUUAUUCAAACUAAAGAGAAGCUUAUCAGGCAAUUUCAAGAUACUUUAAAGAGCAAGGAUGCUGAAUACCACAAAUCUCUUGAGACCCAAUCGUUAAACAUUGAUAAGCUUAUCGAGACAAUGAGAAGGCAAUUCAAUACCAUAAGGGACGAGUACAACACUCAGCUGAAUGAAAUCGAAGCAGCCUAUAAAAAGGAAAGAGAGGAAAUCUUAAAUCAAAAUAAUGAGGAAAUUCAUCGACUUUUCGAAAAACACCAAAAGACUGAAGAGAAAUUCCUAGAUAGAAGAACAAAAGAUGAGGCAAAAUAUGGUGAAGAACUAGAAAGCUUACGCUCGAGUGAAGCUAAUGAUCAGCAAGAAAGUAAGAUCAAACUUGAAAAUGAACUCCAGACUUUACAGAAGUGUAUGGAGGACAUGAAGGCUGUAUAUAAACUCAAUGAAGAAAAGCUUGAUUUCAACCUCCGCGUUCUUAAAGAAAGAGAGGAUCAUAACAAAACCAACAAGACCAAUAUGAAUAAGAGACUUAAUAAGCUUAAAAACAGAAAGAGGAAGCUUGAGAAGGAUUACAAGAAGGAGAACACUAAGCUGAAAAACAAGAAUAUUGAGCUCACCAAUUCUUAUAAAAGAAUCACCCUUCAAUUUAAAGAGCUGCAGAAGAAAUUCAGGAGGUUUAAGAAAAAUGAUGAGAGAAGAUUUGAAGAAAUCUGGUUCAUGAAUCAGAACGAGGUCUAUACACUAGUCAAUAAGAUCUCUAAGGCUGAUAGAGUCAUCCAUGAACAACAACUUGGGAUCGAAUGGAAGGCUCCGACUGAUCCUGCUUUCAAUAAUCCUGAUAUGAAGGCAAAUGUAUCACAGAUAAAUCAGAAUGCUUCUGUUGUAGAGUCUCAUGGGCAAUCUAAGGUUGAUAUUGGAGAGACUCAGUCCCAUCUUACAGGUGUUGACAAGACUGAGGAAGAAAAGAUUCCUAUAUCCAAAAUUAAGAAGGUCUUCCUGAUGUUGAUAGAAGAAAUGCCUUAUCUCAUUGAAGACAAGGUAGAGAUAGAAUGAGAAUCCCUGGAGCCAAAGAAGGCUUUUAAAAAGAGGCUAGAUGCUGUCAGAAAAUCUCUGGAUAUCACAGAGAAGAUAACUCUUUACAUGCUUGUCAACUCUUUUUAUGAAUUCUCUCAGAACAAAAAGUUUGAACCCCUCAAUGAAGGUGAGGAAGAGAAAUCUAAUGAGGAAGAAAUUCCAAUAGAAGCAAACGAAGAUGAAGAAGAACUAGAUAUUGAAGGAGAUGAGAUUCUUGAUGUCCUUAGACAAUUCCAAUUGAAGAAGGAAGAAUAUCUUAGCAAUGCUAUGCUCACUGCAAAUCCUAGGAAUAAGAAGAGGCCAACAUUCAAAAAUGAGGAGCAGAAGAAAGAGCUUGAUCAUAAAGCUGAGAAUUACAUCUGGCAGAAAAUGACUACUAUCCUUGAUGAAAGAAAACUAAGCGUCUGGAAAGCUCUUGACUCUGCUUUUUCUAAAUAUUAUCAAAUUCUUGUCAAUAGGAAGAAUCUCAUUGAAGACACUGCCUUGCUAAAUACUCAAAAUGAGGAGCUGAAGACUCUUCUGAAUCAAUACUUACAUGCAGGGGUUAACCACGAACUGAGGGUGCCUCCCACACAAGUAAUUAGACUUGAUAUGUAA